UAAUGAGGGUGAUAGCAAUUUUCGUGGUGGUCUUGGCUGUAACCACAGCAUUGGAGAAUCAAGUGCCUUGGCAGGAUGUAUCCACAGAUUUGAAAAACUCUUGCAAAGGUGAUUCUGGCGGACCUUUGGUGUUAAGCAAUGGAAAUGUUCAGGUCGGCAUUAUCUCCUUUGGCUCUUCGGCUGGCUGUUUGUCUGGUGCACCAAAAGGCUUGGUACGUCUUACUAGCUAUGUACACUGGAUUAAAGAGCAUACUGGUAUUUUCUAUUAGAAAAUAAAUAAAAGCUGA